AUGACUUCAGUCUCCAAAUGGGUUAUCAGCUGCUUCCAGACUAUCCAGAAAUCUGAGGACGGCCUCUUUAAGAAGGAGCUAAGAUCCUCCACUGCCCCGGACCUAGACUCGCCGUUUCCCAGCGCCCCUCGCGGCAGAGCUGGGCCUUUUCCCUCGGAGGUGAGGCGCGAGGGGAGGAGCCAUCCUCGGCGCGAAGUUCGCGGUCGUGGCUCGGCGACGCCGCCCGGGCUGCCCCGUGCCGGGACCGGGAUCGCCGGCCGAGUGUCCCCUCCGCCCACAGAGUCGGAGGGCGGCCGCCGCGCGUGGGGACCCGGCUCAGGGACUGCACCCUCCACAUCACGCUUUGUUGCACUACUGAAGCAAAGGGAGGAUCCCUGGCUGCCUGAACAGGUGGAUGCGACCCCAGCCACAGAAAGAGAGGCUCAGAAGGGACCUGGACCUGGUUGGUGUGCAGCGGAGGAGGGUGCAUCUUCUGUCCCCUCAGGAGGGUCACAGGUCAGGACUCCCGAGGCAGGUCUGAAGACCCACGCAUGUGGCAGCUCUGGCUCAGUACUAAAAGAAAUCUCCCACCUGACUGAACCGCAGCAGGGAGAAGCCAGGCCGAAACCACACACGAGGGGGGCAUGUCGGAAGCAAUGGUGGCGCAGUGCAAGGCUCCGUCAGCACCAGAAGCAGCCCACUGGAGACAGGCCCUUCCGAAGAGAUGAGGGCAGGGCCUUCAGGAAAAGCUGCAGACUCCGCACAUCAGAGAAGACCUCCACGUACACUGAGGGUAGAAUGGACUUGCCAGCCCGCUCUGGCCACCUUCAGCACCAAGUCCCCCAUGUGACUUCGAAGCCCUACAAGAGGACCAGGCUUGGGGGAGCCUUUUGCACUGGACAGAGGCGUCACGAGUGCACUGAAUGUGGGAAAGUGUUCACCCGCAAAGACACACUUAAGUGGCCUCAGAGAAUCCACACUGGAGAAAGGCCUUAUGAGUGUGGCCAGUGUGGGAAAUUCUUUAGCCAAAGCUGUGACCUUUUUAAACAUGAGAGUGUACACACUGGAGAAAAGUCUUACGAGUGCAGCGAAUGUGGGAAAUUCUUCAGACAAAUCUCUGGCCUCAUUGAACACAGGCGAGUUCACACAGGCUAAAGACUCUAUCAGUACAGUAAUUGUGGAAUCCUUAAUAGUAAGUCUAACGUCAUUAGACACCAAGAAGUUCACACAGGAGCAAGGCCUUAUGUAUGCGGCACAUGCGGGAAAGAGUUCAGCCGCAAACAUACCUUCGUUCUGCACCAGAGAACUCACACUGGAGAGAGGCCUUACGUGUGCAGCGAGUGUGGGAAAGCUUUCAGCCAGAGCUCCCACCGUAAUGUCCACUGGAGAGCUCACAGCAGUGGUUAUGAGUGCAGCAGGUGCAGGAAAGCAUUCAGCUAUGUCUCUAAGCUCCUUCAGCACCAGAGAGUUCAUUACGAGUGCAGCAGGUGUGGGAAAGGCUUCAUGCAGAGGCCAAAUCUGAUUCGGCACUGGAAAGUUCAUAGUGGAGAGUGGCCUUAUGUGUGCAGCAGAUGUGGGAAAGAGUUUAACCGCAGACACACGCUUGUUCUCCAUCAGAAGAUUCACACAGGAGAGAAGACUUAAUACUGCUGCAAAUGUGGGAAAUCCUUUAGCCAGUGCUCCCAAAUUAUAGUACAUUUGAGAAUUCCUAGCAGGGAUCAUGUGCAUCAGACACAGGACAGCCUUCACCCAAAGUCCAAACCUUUUUCAGCACUGGAAAGUCACGCUGGACCGAGGCGUCAGCCGUACAGCCGAUGUGGUGUCUCCUCAUUCAGCCUGACCACUCUUCCCAGAACAAGGCUCUGAGACCAGGCUCUGUGAGGGGGUCUUCGUCCACAAGUUGUAGCUCACAUUUGUGCACAUCCACGUGGGGGAGAUUCCUUGGGAGCACCUGGUAUGUGAGGUGCGUUCAGGAGCUGUGUUGCAUGUUGUAAACUGCCGUGUCCCCUUGCCAGUGGCAAAGCCACCCCACCGUUACCAUCUGGCAAAGUCCCACAGUGUGUGUCUGUCACUUCAUGCUCAGGCAGGUGAACUUCAUGCUGUCUCCACUGUCCCUCGCAGUCAUGAUUGGCCUUCAUGGCCCAUCGGGGGCCUCAUUUCCUCUGUUUCGUCUGGGUUAGGUGUGGAAGGAGUCGUUCAUGAGAUGGGUUUUCCUGGCAGUUUGCAGAGGUUUGUCUUCAUGGACUCUUUGGUCUCGUGAGAUGCUCCCUGUGGAUGUCCACAGUCUUGUGUCAUCCAGCCCUGGAACCAUAUGCCUCUUGUACCUCGUGUUUGUACAAUAAGAAAAUGCUCAUUCUUUGAGCUAUUUUUAAUCUUGGGGAUUCUGUUCAUUGUGUGGAGUGUGUUGAGGACACAGCUGUGUUCUACCAACAUGGAAGGAUUAAGCUCACGGGAGCCUCAGCUGUCUGUGUCUCCGACGGACAGCACGAUGGCGGAGACAGAUGGCAGUUUUCCAUGUCUCAUUCGGGUUCGCCGGAUUUGUGUUGCUGCCCAAGGUCUUCUAGGAAAGACUUCUGAGCUUUAUGAGGUCUGGAUGCUAGUUUAAUUUGUGGGUCCGUAAGUAACUGGAGAGGUGGUUGUGAAAACCUCCAGUGCAUCUGGAAGGGCAAAUUUACAUGCUUCCAUUUUAUAAUACCAAAUAAAGGAAGGUGGGAGUCAUUUUCCCACAUGGA